AUGGCCAAAUCGAAAGUUGCACCCCUUAAAAUCCUGAGCGUUCCUCGCCUGGAGCUUUGUGCAGCGCUGCUCUUAGCUCAACUUAUGACCUUUGUCCGUUCCACUGUCUUAGUCAACAAAAUCGAUUAUUGGUGCUGGACGGAUUCAAUGAUCGUCCUCGCCUGGUUAAAGCAACCGCCGUCGCGAUGGAAAACCUUCGUCGCGAACCGAGUUUCCAAAAUCCAACUGUUACUUCCCGAAGGAAAAUGGAACCACGUUCCUACCCACGAUAAUCCUGCCGAUUGCGCAUCCCGUGGAAUGGAUCCCGACAACCUCCGCGAUCACACUCUAUGGUGGAUCGGCCCUCCGUGGUUGCAAGCUAACGACGAUAAAUGGUCAGAGUUACCGAAUUUCGAAACUCCAGUGCUACCGAAAGACGUUGAUACCGAGCGACGCGCUUCUAUCACUCUAUGCGCGACUUGUGCAUCAAGUUCAUGGGAUCUACAGUCUCGAUUCUCUUCAUGGACUAAAUUACUUCGAGUUACCGCCUAUAUCUUCCGAUACAUUCAAAACCUGAAAUCUAAGCGUGAGAAAACAAACAAUCCUCACAUUGCUACCAAGCGAAAUUUAUAUGCCCUCCAUCCUCACGAAAUACAAAUUGCCAAAAUCUUUUGGAUCAAACAGAUUCAAACUCAGCUGUUUCACAAAGAACUCGCAAGCCUUUACAAAAACCAAGUCGUGCCUAAAACCAGCUCGUUGGCGUCGCUCUCUCCCUAUUUAGAUUCCAACGGAUUAAUCCGUGUCCAAGGACGGUUAGGCAAGUCACGCCUUCCCGAGGACACCAAACAUCCAAUCAUUUUAAAAUCACAUCCUUUAGUCAAUACACUAAUCACUCAUACUCAUGUUCACGCACUUCACGCUGGUCCUCAGCUUACGCUUGCAAUUUUACGACAGAAUUACUGGCUGCUCCGCGCCAGAGCUACGGUGCGUUCCGUGCUCUAUCGUUGUAUUACUUGCACGCGACAAAACGCUCGCGUUCCCGAGCAAUUUAUGGGCGAACUUCCCGACUUUCGUGUCAAUCCAAAUUCACGAGCCUUCGUACAUACCGGUGUCGAUUACGCGGGUCCGUUGCUUGUUCGCCUAGCCAAAGGCCGUGGCCAUAAAUCCCAAAAAGCAUAUAUCGCGGUAUUCAUUUGUAUGACCACCAAAGCCUUACACUUAGAAUUAGUUUCCGAUUAUUCAACGGCGUCAUUUUUAGCUGCGUACCAACGCUUUCUCGCGCGCCGCGGAACUCCGACUUCAAUGUAUUCCGACAACGGUACCACGUUUCAAGGCGCUGAUAAAGAAAUGACUGCAUCCUUCCAAGCCGCCACGCGAAACCCUGAAUUUCAAAAUUAUUUAGCUACCGAGAGCGUGUCCUGGCACUUUUUACCUCCAGCGGCACCUCAUUUCGGCGGUCUUUGGGAGGCUGCAGUCCGCAGUGUCAAGCACCGCCUUAAACGUUCGAUCGGCACUCACACGCUUACAUUUGAAGAAUUAAGUACGCUGUUGUGUCGAAUCGAAUUGUUCCUCAAUUCCCGACCGAUUGCCUCUGUCACCGAUUCGAUCGAUGAUUAUUGCGCGCUAACCCCGGGUCAUUUUCUGAUCGGCUCCACCUUAAUCGCCGCUCCAGAACCAAGCGUCCUCGAAUUAGCGGAGCAACGAUUGUCUCGUUGGCAACUCGUUCAACAAAUUAGCGAACGCGUCUGGAAGGCGUGGAAGGAUACGUAUCUCCACACCUUGCAACAACGCCCGAAAUGGCGAUCCGUUCAAAAUUUAGCUACCCAAGGUCGCAUGGUCUUGAUCCGCGAUCCCUUGGCGCCCCCAAGUCGUUGGAAGCUUGGGCGAAUUGUACAAUGCCAUCCAGGCAGCGAUAAUCUGACUCGCGUUGUUACCGUCAAAACCGCCGAUUCCGAAUACAAGCGCCCGAUUACGAAAAUCUGUUUUCUUCCGGUCGACAUCAAUCUCGAUCAAGAACAGUCUGCCAUGGCGGGCGGUGACAAAUAA